ACAUUUUUUUUCUUCUUCUCUAUUCUUUGUUGACCCACCCAACAAAAAAAACAAAAAAAAAAUACAAAUCUGUAUCUCUCAGUCUUUGAUCCUAAAUAGCUAGACUCAACCAAACCCUAGAUCUAACCCCAGCCGUCAGAUCAGAUUGAUCGGGCAAUCGCUUCUAGACCGUUGGAAUCAAGCAAUGGUAGAGGUAGAAUCGUAUUUGUGGGUAUCUAGAAGAGGCGUUAGGAUUGUCUCGAAUUUGGGUGUUUUUUCAUCUUGAUGGCCAACAAGUCGAAUCUCCUCCUCUAAAGAUAUUUUUAUUUAUUUCGGUCAUGUGUGAUUUGGUCGCGCGUACGGGUCGGCUCCAGCAGCGGUACGAGGAUGGCUCUCGUCUCGUAGCCGGGUGUAUUCCAUUUAGGUAUAUAAAUUCUGACAAAGAUGGUAAUUCUGAAUCUGGGAAAGUGAUUCAAGUGUUGAUGAUCAGCUCGUCUAGUGGACCGGGACUUUUGUUUCCCAAGGGAGGAUGGGAGAAUGAUGAGACAGUCAGGGAGGCUGCAGUGAGGGAAGCAGUGGAAGAAGCAGGUGUCCGUGGGAUUCUAAUGGAUUUUUUGGGAAAUUAUGAGUUCAAGAGCAAAACACACCAAGAUGAGUUUAGCCCAGAAGGUUUAUGUAAAGCGGCAAUGUACGCAUUGUAUGUGAAGGAAGAGCUAGAGACGUGGCCGGAACAUGAGACGAGAACACGGAAAUGGCUGACAAUUGAAGAAGCGGUAGAGAAUUGCAGGCACGCUUGGAUGAAGGAUGCAUUGGUUGAAGGAUUCUGUAAAUGGCAUAAGGAGAAGAUGGAUAAAGGAGAGGAGAUAACAAGUGAACAUUGAAGCAAGUGUGCAUAAACCUCUGAGGGUUGGUUUCAUUUCUUUCGAUUUUGUUUUUACUUCUUCUUCCUUUUUAUUUUUUUUAUUAAGUCUUAUGCAUGGAGAAUCUGUGACUGCGAAACAUAAGAGUUUCAAAGUUUUAAAAUUCAAUUAUUUUCCUGUUUCACACAGCUGUCUUCAUCAUUUUCAGUAAUUAUGAAAAAAGACA